UUGUAAGCAUUUGGCACCUGCAGGAGCAAGGCCCCUUUGCCGGGUGGAGUUCGCAGGUAAUCCCAGUUCCAAGGAUCGUUGCGAAGGAUAAACAUACAGUACCGCAAGGGUCCUACAGAGAGCGUUUGGAGAGAAACAUUCGAAGUAUUAUCGACAGGCGACGAGAGCAGUGAUGGCGGAGUCCGAGCGAUUGUUCUUCUCUUUCAUGAUGUUUAUGGCUGUUAUUUGCCGUGGAUGUGACUCACAGACGUCCCCGGAGUCGCAGAAUAUUCAAAAUAUCUUGCAGGGCCUUCAGCAAACUCUUGGAGACGUUACAAGACUACAAACAUCGAAUCCAGAUGAGAUCCAGCAAAUCAUGAGUCAGUUACAGGCCUUGCUAACUGCAAUGCGUCAAACACAAGGAACGGAAGAAGAAAUUCGACAAUCGGCUUCUGAAGUUUUGAACCAUCCUGUCAUCCAGCAAAUUCUUGUGUUCACGGGCCUUGUCGAUUUUCAGAACUUCAACGGGACGUCACUACUGGUAUCAAGCGCUGCUGGGGGCGUUGUGUCAUCCGUCCAAAUGAUGCUCAGGGCCGGCGCCUUCGUCAAUCUGCGCGACGAAAACGGAUGGACGCCGCUCAUCUGGGCAGCUCGUAAUAACCACAGCGAUGUUGUCAAGGUCCUACUCGAGGCUGGAGCUGACCCGAACAUCGAGAACUGGAAUUUUGGAGACGACGCCUUAGGAUGGGCUGCCUAUAACGGACACCCAACUAUAGUGCAGGACCUUUUAAAUUCGGGAGCUGAUAUAGGCCAUGUUGAUGCUGAUGGUGACACAGCGCUCCUGCUGGCAGUGAGAGGAAACCGUCUUGAAGUUGCCAGAAUUCUUCUCGACCGUGGGGCAUAUGUGAACACCCAGAAUAAUGAUGGCUGGAAUAUAGUGAUCCAAGCGACCUACAACGACAACCUCGAUAUGUUGCGACUAGCUAUCCAAGCCGGGACGAGUUUGGAUGCAAAAACGGCGAGAUACGGAGACACAGCGUUAAUGUGGGCCACUUCGCUCGGACACCUGGAGAGCAUGAGGGAACUUUUGGCCGCUGGAGCCGAGGUCGACCUUGAGAAUAACAUAGGAUACACAGCUCUGUCCAUGUCCAUCACGCUGAACCAACCGGAAGCAGCCAAGAUCCUCCUGGCCUUUGGUGCAGACAUCAACCAGAGAGCGAGGGAUGGUGACUCUGUGUUGAUGGAAGCCGUGAACUUGGGUCGACAGGCGAUGGUGGAAGUCUUGUUGCAACAUUGCCCGGAUAUGAGUGUUGAGAACAUUAACCGAAAGACUGUCUUCACCAUCGCUCGGCAAAGACUCAAUAUUGAAAUCAGGAAUAUGAUAGAAGCUCACGAGGCCACCACAUGUCUUGCCGAUGGUCGAUCUUACAUUCUGGGGAGUGUGAAAUAUGACAGCUGCCGCCAACAACAAUGCUGUAACAGUGUCUGGAGGAAUACUGGCCUGGCCCUGGAGUCCUGUGGUGCUAGUUGCAGAACCUCGGCCACUUUGUCAGGCACCUGUGUGUUGGUGAACGAGUGCGUGAGGCUGGAACAGGUGUUUCGCGUGACUAAUGCCGCUGGGGAUGUGGCAAGGACCACCAAGUUUCUCAUCGACCAUCGGUGUGAUACCAGAGAUGGAAAUAUUCACGUUUGCUGCCCGACAUCAUGAGGAUAAACUGCAUCAAAAAUAAUUCACAACGAAAGGUUAAAAAGAAUGGUGUUAGUGAUUAGGUU